AUGUGUGCCGUGAAUGCCUGCCUGCUUGCAGAUGCAGAAUUUCACACACACACACACACACACACACACACAAAAAAAAAGUUUUUCCCUCUCUCUCUCUCUCUCUCUCUCUCUCUCUGUGUCGCUGUGCCUGAAAGUUUUCAAAGACGGUGGCUCUUCAAACUGAUGAAGGAUCUACCAUUGCUGGUCCCUGCGGACGCGAUGACCCCACUGUCUGGCUUCCUACCGCCACCCCACCCAAACAACGCGAUGCCCAGCCUGGAUCGAUCGCCCCAAACGGCCCCCUUCGCCGUGGCGCCAUUCGGGUACGCAUCCACUGCAACUCCACCCUCUCAUCUGAUUGGCUUGUAUCCUCGCUGCCCCCCUUGCAUCUACGCCGUUCCCCUCCCGCUCUCACGCUUCCCCAUCAUCCAUGAUACCCGUCCCGUGUCUUUUGCUAACCGGCACCCACAUCAGGACAUCGAACUCUUGCGCUCCCUGUGGGCUCGCACGCUCAGUGCCGUCCCCGAUGUCCAGAUGCCUGUACCCGACACAGCAGCCUCACUAAACCUCAGCGCUGAUCGCGCUGAUCGCGCCAGCUCGCCCAAACCCUCAGCCCCGGCUCCAGGCAGCCCCCGGCCCAUUGUGACCCUUUGCCCCAUCUUCGCCACUCGUAAACAAAUCAGUCAACUUGUCGCCAUGAUCAUGGAUUCCCUGCAGGCCCCAGCCUGCUUCAUUUCCACAUACUGGAUCGCCACCCUCAUGGCCAACGGUGCCAUCACUGGCCUUGUUGUUCACGUCGGCCAGGAAGCGGCCUGCGUUGCCCCAGUGGUCCGCAUGAAGCUUCAAACCGAAGGCCUAUAUCGCCUUCCUUUUGGCGCCUCAGACCUUCGAAACCCCUCCGUCCUGCAAUUGCUCAUCAAGACGGUGCAGCAAUCAAUUUCCCUUUGCCGAGAGGCCAUGCGACCGGAACUCUACGCUCGGGUUCUCCUCAGUGGAGACCUCCCUGAAAACUUUGAUGCUGCUCUUGAAGCUAACCUUGCCGCCGCUGCUGCCCAUGCCGUUCCCGAUGGUGCUAUUGGCGUUUAUUUAACACGCAGUCAAUACCAAACCUAUGGUGCCGAGGCUUGUUUUCGCAGUGCCAACCGACAACAACCCCCGGAAACAGUGUUAGCACUUGUGGCCCAGGGCGUGGGCACCAUCGUGUCAGAUGGCGAUAUUGAUCGACCAGAGCCCGAACCUCUCUGGACCUCCCCAUCUCAAUAUGUCUGCCUGCACACCGAAGGUGGCCGUACUCUGGCAGGACGGUGUGGCGAAGAUAAUCCUGCCGUUUGUAUUCCCACUCGAACCCAGGACGGUGGUCCAUCCGAUUCGACACCCGCCAUGACGCAAGGUGCCGUGCACAGCUGGCUUAGCAUCAAGCAAACAUGGCUUGCAGCCUUAGAUGUCCUAGGGGUGUGGCCCGAUUCCCAGCAUGGACUGGUGCUAUCCCUUCCCUUACGCUGUAGUCGAGCUGAUGCGGAGAGCAUUGUGGACCUCUGCUUUGAAGAACUUCGAGUUCCCUCUCUCUUUCUAUGCAAUGCAUGGACCGCCGCCCUCAUGGCUAGUGGCUGUGAUCAAGGACUCGUUAUCUGCACUGAACAAUCUGCCACGUGCAUUGUCCCCAUCAUCCGCAUGCGCCCCGUGAAGGAAUGCAUCACCUUGCUGCCAAUCGGGGAGGCAGAGUACUACGAUCAGGACGUGCUCAAAACUGUAUAUGACAUGGUGCAUCAAGUCAUCUUACGCACACCCGUGGAGUAUUGGGACAUGCUCUGGCGCAGCAUCAUCAUCACUGGGGGUGCUGCCACACAGGAAGAAUUCAUUGACAACAUUGAGCAAGAGCUGGAACAGCGCGCGCGCAGCGAUGGUAACGUGCGCAACGCACACUUGGAGCCGCAAGUCAAGCUAGACUUUGCGGCCGAGUCCCGAGCUGGCGCUUGGGAUACCCCCAUUGGGGUGUACUUGACUCAGAGAGAUUUUGGCAAACACGGCGCCAAGUUUAUAUUUUCUGAUGCUUGCGAUGGCACAAUCACCACCAACGAGUAUAGCCGAGCCAGUGUCCAGGCCUCCUUGACCAACAUGGCCGAGCUGCAGCUCCAGGCCAGCAAGCAUUCCCUUGUCUCAAUUCCCACAGGCUUUGACGGAGAUCUUGUCGUCCACCAAGGCUGGCUGAUGAAACAGGGUGGUGGUACCCGCAUCUUUUCACGCAAAAACUGGAAGCGUCGUUGGUUUUUGCUACAGGGCAACCAGCUCUCCUACCACAAGAGCAACAUGUACAUUGUUUCACAUCCACCCUCGCAAGUCCGCCAGCAAGCCACAGGCGUCAUCAAUUUACUCGAUGCCAUUGCUAUUGAUCAGUGGGAUGGCAAGGAGUGUGGUUUUGUCAUCAUCACCACCGAUCGAACCUUUUACAUUCAUGCAGAAUCUGCUGGUGAACGUCAAAAGUGGCUCAAAAAGCUGCGUGCAGCCAAGGCUGCGGCUGAAACCAUUCAAGAGUCCUCUCGUCGUGGCUCAGAAGCCUUUGUUCAAACAGAUGCGCGCUCGGGUCGCCAAAGCGGCAGAACCUCGAGUGUGUUUGAGGCCCCUGCGGUUACGACUGCCGCCAAGACUGUAGCUGCUGCGCCAGAGACUGCGCCAGAGACUGCGCCAGAGACUGCGACCACACCAGCCCUUGCACCCGUGCCAGUACCGAUGCCAGCAUUGGCAAAGGUGAACGCUUCAAAUGGUCAGCCAGAUGUGGCCGGGGAUACAGAUCGCUCACACCCACUCAAUGCUGGCAACCCGAAGGUUCGGCUGCGCUAUCUUCACGGAAACAAGCAGAUUCCAGAUCAAGUGAAGAGCUCAAUGGUGUAA